AUGCCGCUAAUGCCGCAGGACAGAGGACUGAGUACCCGUGCAAUGUCAGAAGCGCAGCGUGUGAGGGAAGAGGGUGCUGCAGCUCAAACCAGCGAUGCAGAAGCCAAGCCUGUGCAGGUGGAUCUUCUGCUACAGCUGCAGCAAAUGAUGGCAGAGCAAGCGCGCCGCCAAGAAGAGCAAGCGCGCCGCCAAGAAGAGCAAGCGCGCCGCCAAGAAGAGCAAGCGCGCUGUCAGGCAGAACAGCUACGGGAGCUGAAAGAAGAGCAAGUGCGCCGCCAAGAAGAGCAAGCGCGCCGCCAAGAAGAACAAGCACGCUGUCAGGCAGAACAGCUUCGGGAGCUCAAAGAAGAUCAAGCUCGCCGCCAAGAGGAGCAAGCGCGUCGCUUGGAAGAGAUGCACAAGGAUUUCACGAAGGGACUCCAAAGGCUGUCGAACGGGUACAAGAAGUGGAGGAAGGGAAGUGACAAGCCCAAGUUCCGGUCGACUCCGUCAAUGAUUGAAGGCACGCUUCUCCAAGCGUUCAUUGACGGUAUUCGGGACCCCGAAGUACGAGCUGCUGUUCAUCUGGGCCAUCACAAGAACAUGAAAGAAGCUCUGACCCAUGCAUUGGAAGUGGAAGCCGUGCGUGGCAACUCCCGUACCUUACGUCUGCGGGAAAUGACGACAACGGAGCAGGUACCUCCACGCCGUCAGAACUUCAUGUGCUAUGGAUGUGGAGAGCACUGGUUGGCGAGGUAUUACGGCAGCAACGAUGCUCGGGACGAGCGAAUCUAA